AUGGGCAAUCAACUAGUGGGCAUUGCCCCUUCGCAGAUUUAUGCGGUGGAACACUAUUUUUCCGGCCAGUUUGGAUCGGAGAUCACCUUUAGUUCCAAUAUGGGCAGCACGAGAUUCUUCAAGGUGGCCAAGGCUAAAACGGAUGAGGGCCAGAUAGUGGUCAAGGUGUUUGUAAAGCACGAUCCCACUUUGCCACUGGAGGAUCACAAGGAGCGACUGGAGGGCAUCAAGAAGACACUCUCGCUGGCCAAUGCCGUCAAUUGUUUACCCUUUCAGCGGGUCGAGCUUAUCGACAAGGCAGCCUACAUAAUGCGCGAGUAUGUGAAGCACAGUCUCUAUGAUCGCGUUUCCACACGCCCAUUUCUUACCGUAUUGGAGAAAAAGUGGAUUACGUUCCAGAUUUUGUGCGCCUUGAAUCAGUGCCACAAACAGAAGAUCUGCCACGGAGACAUCAAGCUGGAGAACAUCCUGAUUACGUCCUGGAACUGGAUCCUUCUCUCUGACUUUGCCUCCUUUAAGCCCACAUAUUUGCCGGAGGACAAUCCCGCGGAUUAUACGUACUUCUUUGAUACGAGUAGAAGAAGAACCUGCUAUAUUGCACCCGAACGAUUCGUUAAAACACUGGCCUCCGAUGAUGAUGGUGGCAAUGGCAAUAUGUCGGUCAUACACACAGAUUCCAUAAUUCGACUUGCUCCUAGCUAUGCGGGAAACACAUUGUUGCCAGCCAUGGACAUCUUUUCGGCAGGCUGUGCCUUGCUGGAACUCUGGACGGAGGGAACUGCGCCCUUUGAACUCUCCCAGCUGCUGGCUUACAGGCGUGGCGAGCGAGAUCUGGUGGAGAAACACCUGGCGGGCAUCGAAAACGAACGGUUACGCAAUCUGCUGGCCUCCAUGAUUGACAUACACUCGAUGAACCGAAAGAGCGCCGAGGAUUAUUUGGAUCAGGAGCGCGGUCAGCUGUUUCCAGAAUACUUCUACUCCUUCCUGCAGUCGUACUUGCAAAUGUUCAGCUCAACACCAAUCAUGUCGCCGGAUGACAAGAUUCAGUGUCUGCAUAAGGACAUUGGGCACUGCAUAAAAGUGCUGACACAGGCCCAGGAUUUAACACCGGAAGAGGAGGAAAAGAAUGAUGAAGAAGAAAAGAAGGAUCCCACGUUGUGUGCCCGUCUGCCACCGGAGCAUGAUGGUCUCAUUUUGAUCAUCACGGUGGUCACAUCCUGCAUCCGAGGACUCAAGCAGUCGAAUACAAAAAUUGCAGCCUUGGAACUUCUGCAAAAGCUAUCGAAGUACACAACAUCCGAGACCAUCCUGGAUCGCAUUCUGCCCUACAUUCUCCAUUUGGCCCAGAAAUCACCAGCCAAGGUGCAAGUUCAGGCCAUCGAAACUCUGACCGCCUGUUUGGGCAUGGUAAAGGACAUUCCACGCAGCGAUGCCAACGUGUUUCCCGAGUAUAUUCUGCCCUCCAUCACCGAUUUGGCCAGCGAGUCGAGUGCAGUUAUUGUUCGCGUGGCCUUUGCCCGGAAUAUAGCUGCACUGGCCAAGAGCGCUGUCUACUUUCUGGAGGAAACGCAGCGAAAUGCUCCUAACGAUAUGCCCACGCCACGCUACGAGGCAGAACUGAACGCCCUCCAUGACAUAGUUAGACAGGCAGUGCUCAGUCUGUUAACGGAUUCCCAACCGGUGGUCAAGCAAACACUGAUGGAGUCGGGCAUCUGCGAUCUCUGUGCUUUCUUUGGCAAGGAAAAGGCCAACGAUGUGAUACUUUCGCACAUCAUGACGUUCCUUAACGAUGAGGACAAGAAUUUGAGGGGAGCAUUUUAUGACAACAUCGCUGGAGUUGCUGGCUAUGUGGGCUGGCAGGCGUCGGACAUUCUCGUGCCACUUCUGCAGCAAGGUUUCACGGAUCGCGAGGAGUUCGUCAUCGCAAAAGCCAUUCGUGCUGUGACCAUUCUUAUCGAACUGGGUCACAUAAAGAAGCCAGCCGUUACGGAGAUAGUCCAAGAGACAGCCUGUUAUCUGUGCCAUCCAAAUCUUUGGGUUCGUCACGAAAUCUGCGGCAUGAUUGCCACCACGGCGCGUAAUCUAAGCGCCAUCGAUGUGCAGUGUAAGAUCAUGCCGGCGAUUGGGGCAUUUCUCAAGGCCCCGCUCAUCCAGGUGGAGAAGCCGCACAUCCUGCUGGACUGUGUGCAUCCGCCUGUUCCGCGGCAGAUCUUCGACAGCGUGCUGCGCUUCCAGGACAUUCAUCAUUUUAUCAGAGCGCUUGAGGCACGAUCGCGUGUUCGUAGUCAGACGAGACAGGGAGCUCUGCCGCAGUACGAGGAGAUGGGACAGACCCUGCGUAAUCUCUUUAGACGCCUAAGCUCUGAGGGUUUAACGGAUCUCAUUGAGAUGCAGCUGCUGGCCAUGAACCCAUUUCUAAUCUCCAUGAAGCACAAGGCACUACAGGAUCUGGACGAUACCGCCUCAGGAAAUGGACGCAUCGUGGUCAGUCGCAAGCAAGUCGCUUGUCAUGAAUAUCCGCUGGCGGACAAAGUUAGCAAAAUGCCCCUCGAGAACCGCUCCAUCGAGGGUCCAACUCUAGCUUCGCCCGCCUCGGAUGCAGCAAUCACUCCGCUGGGAGCUGGCGGACUGGCCGGAAGUCCGGCCUCCGGAGCCGUAGUUCUUGGAGUGCCAACUGCCACCGUGAGUGCGGCCACUUCGCUGGGUGAAUACACGAUGCCGGAGCGAAACUGCUGGCUGGAACGUUCCUCCGAGUGCCGCAAGGAUCUCGAAUCGCUGACGGCCAAGAUCAAGAGUCGCUACAAUGUGUUGGCCAUCUCGCAGCGUUGCAGCUACGACAAGCUGGUGACACCCUAUCCAGAAGGCUGGCGGAUGAACGGCACUUUGGUGGCACACCUGCACGAGCAUUCGGAAUCCGUGAUCAAGCUGGCUUCAUUGCGGCCCCACGGAUCUCUCUUUGCCAGCGGCAGCAUAGACGGCACAGUGCGAUUGUGGGAUUGCAGCAAACUGAAUGGCAAUCAGGGUGUAAACAAAUCGAGGCAGGUUUAUUCGGCCAAUACACCCAUCUACGCACUGGCCGCCUGUGAUAGCGGACAAUCACUGGCGGUGGGCGGCAAGGAUGGCAGCAUGCUGAUGAUGCGAAUCGAUCGGAAUUCGGCAAAAAUGACGCUUCAACAGGCACUCAAUCAAAAUGAUCAUAAAGAUGGUCCUGUUGUGGACAUGCACGCCUACGAUCAGGCCACGCAAAGUGUCAUCGUGUACGCCACGCUAUAUGGCGGCAUUGUGGCCUGGGAUACGAGGAUGCAGCACAGCGCCUGGAGGCUACAGAAUGAACUUCGCCAUGGGGUGAUCACAACGAUCUGUGCAGAUCCAACUGGAUCUUGGCUGGCCACCGGUACCAGCGGCGGUAAGCACAUCUGCUGGGAUCUACGCUUCCGGCUUCCCAUUGCGGAAAUAAAGCAUCCGGCGGAUUCGUGGAUACGCAAGGUGGCCUGCCAUCCCACUGAGCCUUCAUACCUGAUCUCAGCAUCGCAGUCAAACAAUGAGGUAUCCGUGUGGAAUAUAGAGACGGGACAGCGGCAGACGAUUUUGUGGGCAAGUCCGGUGGCGGCUUUAUCGAGCGCUAGUCCCAGCGAUCCGGCCACCACGUGCGGCAUUCUCAGUGGCGUGGUCGAUGGUUCACCCUUCAUUCUCACCGGCAGCUCGGAUCAGCGGAUCCGGUAUUGGGACAUCACCAACCCAAAGAACUCAGCGCUUAAAGUACCUGCUGCCAAUGACAACCUGGCAGAUGUGGCUUUCAACUAUGGUGCCCGGUUAAUCGAUGGCAGCCAAGUGAUCGAGGAGCAAAUCAUUUCCAUGGCCAGUACGGGCGACUCGCAGCAGCUGCGUUCGUCCACGGAGGAGAAUCCCCGCUCGGGGCCGGAUAUGCCAACGGCCAGUCACCACGAUGCCAUCACGGAUCUGCUGAUGUGCAAGGACAAGGGCCAGAUCUACAUAGCCUCUGCAUCGAGAAACGGUGUCAUCAAGCUGUGGAAGUGAGCGCCCACUAAAUAGUAUUUAAUUAUUCAACUGUGAUUAGCCUAAUAAACUGCAAUAUGUGUAACUAUUUAAUAAACGUUUGCUUCUAAACUGUA